AUGAUAACCAGAAGCCGUUCUAAAUAUUAAACACAGCAAAUUCUUUGUCAAGAGUGUGUAUUUACCCAUAGAUUCCUUUUAAGCAUAUGGCUGACAUGGCUUUGAUCUGCUCCUCAGGCUGACUGCACUUUGCCCCUGUAAAUUUUAAGUGCCAGAGAAGCCUCAUGGUCGCUCUUAAGGUUAUUCCCCAGUUAAAAUAAUGAUCAGGGAGGCUCCUGUAGCUGGGCUUUGCUGCAAUGGAGAGGUGAGGAUCGCUAAUGAAGCAUUUUGCCUCCUGGUGGACAGGCGAGGAUGGAGGACAGGGAUGGAGGAUAGGGAUUGAGGACAGGCUCCCUGUUUGUCCCUGUUUGUAGGGUGGGCUGCACAUCCAAAAGACUCCCCAGAGGGAUCUGAGCACAUGGGGAGAAUAAGCAAAACCCACUGGGAAAUGAAGAGCCCUUGUCCUGCGUUUUACAGCCAAAAUGUUGGUUUUUUGAAACACGGUAUUUAUGGAUGGUGUGCUUGCAGCACACUGAUUCAUGGCAAAGAGGUCAAGAAAGUGCCUUCCAGACUCCUUUUAAAUUAAGUAACUAAACUGCAUGUUGAGGUGGCAGCCAGGCAUGAGGCCAUGAUGCUGUAAAGUUUUUCCCAUGAUUUUCUGCAGAGGCAGGAGUUCCAUUUGAGGAUGGGAAAGUUUUUUCCUCUUCUGGCAUAUGACUGUUCACCUUUCUCUAAAGUAUAAUUUGAGGGUUUUUAGUUUCAUUCCUGCAAAUAUAGGGCUGCUUCAAGGCACGUAGCUCAUCUUCAGAUGCCUCUGCACUGGUACAGAGGAUGGAUGACUGAAGUUCCCAGAGUGUUGUAGCAGUUCCCUCACCUGGGACUGGCGUUUCAUUUUGGAUUUUGAUCAAGUCAUGCAGGGAUUACUAUCGAGAAAUGAUUAUUUACACCAACUUCCAAAUUUACUUUUGUGUAACUUUUAUAUACCCUGUAGCUCUUCCAGGUAUUUGAACAGCAAACCCUUAUAAAAAACAUUUACCACAAGUAAAUAAUAGAGUUGCUAUCUACAGUCCAACAUAUCAGUUGUUAAUUACAAUAAUCACAGAUUGGGGUGGUUCUCCAGCCCUUAGAAAGGUAUCAUUUGCACGUGCAGUGUCUUUUAGCAGCAGAAUUUAAAUGUGGAGGGGGAAGCUAAAAGGCAGAUGUAUUGGGAUUGAAAAGAGCAAUUAGAGGGCAGGUUGUGGUCACAGCAUCAGGGUUGGUACAAAAAGGAGACUGGAAGCCUGUGGCCUUAUUCUUUCCUGUGUGGUCAGCACCUGCAGCUUCAGCCCAGUGCAGCAUUUAAAGGACGUGGAGCUCUACAUGAGCUGGUUUUGUAAACAUUUCCAAAACUGACUAUUUAAUACACUGCAAACAUUUCUCUGGCUAACACAACUUGUUAUUACUACAUGUUAGGGCUUUUAUUGCAUAAUCUUGGCUGCAAAAGACAUCAGAGUGCUCCCAAAAUGUAUCUUACACAGAAAAACAAAAAAAAGACAGAAGAGGCAAUUCCAGCAAAACAUCUGUGAUGACAUAGUCAGCCCAUUAUUUUGUCAACAGUGCAAGUAUUUGAUGGCAUAAUAAAAAGAUACACUUUGCUUAGCAAAAACAUUAAGGGAUAACAGCCAAGUUAAAUAGGGUACAAUUAAAGGUUUGCUUAACCCACGGGAUUCCACUUCCAGAAAAACAAAAAUAGAGCCAUUUUGAUCCCUCCUUCCAAGUUCUAUUUGUAUGCUCUUGUUUGGGGGUUGAAAAAAAAAAUCACUUAGCAAAAGGGAGAGUAUCUUCUUAAUUUAUGUUUCAUACUGAAAAAAGUCUUGUAAGUUAAUCAUAAUAAGCAACAGAAUUCUGGAUUGCAAAGGGGGAAAACCAGGCACACCUGGGAGAAGAGAUAACAGGAAUUAAUCAUGUGCAACCCGCUUUGAGGACAAAAGUGCACAAUCCAGUUUAAAGCCUCAUUUUAAAUUAGUCCUGUGCACUAAUUUUCUGCUUCAUUUUGUUAACAUAAUUGAUGGUAGACUUCAACACGUCUUGGAAAUGCACUGCAUUUCCUUCUGAUACAUUUUUUCCAAAUAAAUAGCAAAGAAAUGGUAAUUUAUUACAGCUAUUUUUCACAUGAAAGUUGACCUCCUCUAUUUCAAGGUUUCUUACAAGUUGUCCCAUGAAAUGGAGACUAAUACCAUGCCAGAGGGCAGGGGAUUGUGCAGCUCUUCCAAUGACAAAUACUGCAGAUAAAUUCACAAUUCAGUUUUCCCGCAGGUAGGAAAUCCAAAGAUUAUGCCACUUCCAGCACAAAAUACAAAUUAAAACCAGCAUUAGAUAAACCUUGUUUCCUGGCAGAAAUUGCCAUAAAUGUCUCAGCUGGAAGUCCUGCCUGACCCAAGGAAAUCGCUGAAGAGGCACCUGAUUUGUGUUAGAGUAAAUGAGUGCAGGAUGGCUGCUGAAGAUGUGUUUGUCUUUUCCCUUCUCCUUUCCCUAUGUUGCAUAUUAUUCCUCAAAGAAUGUAGGAGAAAUUAUGAAAGGAGAUUCAUCACAUUCCUUUAGAUUCAGGUAUAAAAGCAGUCUAACAAAAUGGCACUGGGCACUCCCCCCUAUUUAGUGCUGUAUGUGCCUUUCCUGCAAGGCUGCUUCAAAGCAAUGCAGUUCUUCACAAGAAAGAAAGCCUGAAAAUGUUUAAAUUUGAGUUGGGAAUUAAUUUUAUGUCUCAGAUUCUCACAUCUGGUUAACACAGUCCUCCCUUCAGCUGGUAAUGGACUUGUGACAGUUCUGGAUUUCAUGAUCCUCGAAUCUGAAGGUAAACCUGUCACUGGGCACCUGCAGAUUCUCUACUUGUGCCCUUAAUGUUGUCUGUUGCUAUUCCUAGUCCUUUUUGGAUUUUAUUUUCAGUCAUGUGGUGCAAUGAUCUAAGUUCAGUGCAGAAGAGUCUGUUGGGCUGUGCCAAAGCCAAAAGACAACCUACAGCAAUUCUGCUCGUGGAAAGACAUAGCAACCUUUGGGAUUAUUGCUUAGCAACUGCAAACACACAGAGGAGUAAAACUCACAGCCCAGCUCCACAGCAGGUCUGAGAAAUCCCUAAUUCACUUCAAGAUUUUUAAUGGUGGAGAACAGAUGGGCAUGUAUUAAAUUCCUCUUGAUUUGCAAAGCCACUUUGAAUGCAGGAGGAGUAAGAUCUGUUUUGAUACCUGCUCCAAAGUGAUUGAGGUAUGGCUGCUCAUCCAGAAGAAUCAGCAGAGUCUGCAGGUCUGCAAUAUCCCAAACCUGGACAUGAGGAUGGAGCUGCCACAGAAAUGGGAAGCAAUCAGGGGAAUGAUGAACUGCCAUGUCUUGGUAAUUACGCUUCGUGGAAAGAGUGUUUUUAUGAAAAGGUACAACAAAGGUGUCUGAGUCUGCAGGAGACAAAGGCAAGUGUGAUUGGAGCACAAAAGGCAGAAGAAAAAAAGAUAGAGAAGAGAGAACCCUGUGACUCACUGGCCAGAGAGUGGUACAGCGAAGAGAGAGAGACACUCGAUACUCGCAUCUAUUUGCUUGACAAACUCCUACCUACAUUAAUCCCAGGAGUAGAAAAUCUGUUAAUGGAAGUGGAAAGAAAGCAUGUGCUUGUAUCAGACAAAGACCCAAGCACAUUCGACCCCAUUAAUUAUCUUGCAGAAUAUCUGAUGCGACACAACCCUCUGUACAGCGUUUCUACCAAACCAGGCCCCUACGUGAGAGGAAUGAGGGUGGUGGCGGAGGAGCUCAAAUCUUUGAUGGGAGGUACAACGUCAGAGAGGCUGGUCAAGAUGAAGUCUGAGGCAAAGGAAAAACGUGAGGCCAGGGAGGAGAUGGAGAGAAAGAAGGCUGAGGAGAGAGAGAUGAGGAAGGAGACACUGGCAGCUCUGUUCAAAGAGUGGACAGUGGAUGGCAAGCACAGAAUACCAAUGGCACUGGUUCAGAGUGCCCUGAGGUCUUUUCCAGAUGUCACUGAUUCUAUUCCCGAAAAACUGAGAAAAGCAAUCCAGGACAGGAAGCUGAAAAUCUUAAACACAUUGGAAGAAACUUUAAAGCUAGAUGAGUUCACAGAGUUUGUCCUUUCCUACACAGAGCAUGUUUCAAGUGACACAUUCCAAGAAAUCAUGAAAUAUCUCCAUCAAUGUGGUGAGGACUUCCAGGAAGCAAAAGAACGAGCUCUGUGGAGGCAAAAUUUUACUGAUCUCUUCCAAGAUUGUGAUUAUGGAAAGGUUGGUGUCUUGGAUAGACAAAAAAUACUGGCCCUGCUGAGGGAGUUCUAUGACAGAAGCCCCGUGGCUGACAAGAGGGAAUUGUGGAACCCCAGACAAUGGCCAAUAAUUAAGUUGCAAGAGAUUGAUCUUGUGGAUUUAUGGGGGGGCCUUGAUGACCAAGCAGCAGAGCCGAGUGAUGCUGAAGUGAGCAAGGAAGGUGAGGAUGCUGUGUCAGAGGUGAAAGGCACUGGAUUUGAGGCUGGUGAUUUGGAUGGAGAUACCACACACAGUGAGGAACCCAGCUCCCAGGAAGACAUCCAAACUGAGAAGGAAGCUGAGCCUGGAAGUGCAGAGAGACAGGAUGAAGCUUUCCCAGGAUCAACCUCUGAUGGAUACAAUCUCAGUAGGGAUGGAGAAGCUGGACCUGAAAAACAGGUGGAGGAAGAGGAACCCAGCCUGGGUAGAGAGCCUGAGGUGGAAGUAAAAAGUGAAGGAGACACAGAUGUGGCAGACAUGGAUGUCACUGGCUCAGAACAUGGUGCUCCAGCUGCAGAGGCUGUUGAAGAAACCCCUGCAGGAAAAGGGAGUUUUUCAAGGCAGCAUAGCAGCCAGUUUGACCAACAGACAAGCUCCGAGACAAGGCUGCAGGAUGACAACCUUCUGCAUGAGCAGGACUCAGGUCCCAGCAUGGCACAGAUUCAGAACCAUCGGGCUCCUUGUACUCAGAGUUCCUUCGGUGCAAGCUGCCUCACCCAGCCACAGUUUGUACAGCUCAUGGAGACGUUUGUUGGCCAAGAUAGUUCUCUGCCUACUGUGAAGAGGCUUACUGCAUUUAUCAAAGAAGAGUACAAGCAGACAGAGGAGGAAAAAAUGGAACAACUAGAAAAAGUUCACCACAUGGCUCGGGCGGCCCAACGGAAACUGCUUUUGGAGGCACUUUUUGAAAAGUGGGACAGCAAUGGACAUGGGUUUCUGGACCUGGAAGAGGUGGAUGCUGUUCUGAGCAAAUUCAUGGGAGGCAUGAAAAAAGAGGCGUUGAUGAAGGCAAAGGCACACCUUUGCUCCCGAUACCCCCAGCUCAGCAGAGUGGAGAUGGUAUCCCCAAAGGUAUUCCAGACCUUCCUUGAGUUAAUUGCUUCUGAGUUAACUGGCAAUGAGGAUGAAUCUAUUGAUAACUUGGUGAGAUUUCUGACCACAAGUGUGGAGCAAAGUCAUAGGGAGUCCUUGCAAAGCUUAACCAGGAGGAAGUGGCUGCAGGAUAUCCAGCAAGCGGCUGAGACCGGCGGAGCAAGGAUGGAAUCGGUGUACAAAGCAGUGCUUAAGGCCAUCUCCCAGGAUGCAGAAGCCCAUGGGGGUAACAAGAAGAUCAGUGCCUACAUUGCCCUUUUGGAAGAGAACCAGCUCCCAGCAGAGCAGGGCCAGGGCCAGGUUCUCCUGCGCUACGUGGCCUGUACUGCGGACGAUGCUCCGCAUGUCCUGAACCAGACACUUCACAGACACAUGAAAGGAAUAAGCUUUGCAGCUGUUGAUGAAGGAAAGCCAAUCCAUGUUCCAAGAGUUCAGCUCCACGGAAAUAUCCAUUUCUGGAACUCUGAGCGCCCAGUGGAGGAGAGGAAAGGUUCCCUCCUGGUGCUGCCCCUGUAUGAUGCUCGCUGGAGAGUCUUUGGCAUUCUAGGACUUGACACUCUUCGGGACCAGUGUGACAAAACCAUCUUUCUGACCCAUGAGAUCAUUUUCUACCAGGGAGUUUCCCAUGCAUUCAGCAAAGCCUACCACCAUAUCUGCACACGGGAAAAUGUCCUACAAAUGGCUCUUUAUGCUCUGGGCUGGUUGUAUCCCAGGACACCCAGCAUCCACACUGUCACCAUGUACCUGGUGGAGCCUGCCAAAGACAAGGCUCUGUGCAAGAUGAUCACUACAGAUAACACAGGACAAAAAGAAAUCCAUAGCUCUCCUGCUCUUCUCCUCAGAGAAGAAAACCUGCUAAGGGAUUACCUGUUUAGGUGCACAGACAGUUUAGAGGCCGCUCUCACUGCUGUCCGUGGAGAACAGCACAUUGCAGUACCUCUCCAUGACCUAUCAGGACAAGCUCUUGGCAUAUUUGAUAUCAGCAUUGGACACCACAAGAAAUUACCACCUCAGGAACAGAAAGACCUGCAGAAAAUGCUAAAGAUGGUCCAAGCCGCCUGCUUGGAGAUCCUGUGGAGGUCUCUAGAGGAAACAGAACCAACCUAUGUGCUGGAGGCAGAACGGGUGGCAAAGGUGAGGCACCCAGGGUUUCUGUUCCAGCGGUUCAUGCUGCAGGACCUGCGCCAGUGUGUCCGGAAACUCGGUGCCGAGAGCUUUGCUGGAGUAAAGAGCUGUGCAGAACCCCCAGCUCUGCUACACGACAUCAUUAAGGCUGUGCUGUUGCUUUUGCAUCCAGACUGGAAGGGCUCAGAGGAGAUCGAGAACUGGAGUCAGUGUAAACUGAAACUUGAUGACAAUUUGAUUCAGGAGAUUUAUUGCUUUGAUCCAACUGCUGCAUCUGUGCAAAUUCAAGCAGAGCUGCUGGACUGCAUCACUGGUGUCCCUCGAGCGGCGGUGUGGCAGCAGGGCUGUGCUCCAGCCGAGUUCCUGUACCACUGGGUUCACACCUGCCUGGCACUCGCAGAGAUCACAGGGAGUGAAAAAACCCAACGCAGUGAAAAACCCCAUCCUUAGUUCCUUCUGGCAUCCAGUUGUUGUGUGCCUCCAAUUAAAUCUCUUAAUUCCUCGUCUAA